GACCGCGCGAGCCCAUCUCAGAGCCGCGGCUUGUAGCGAAGCCAGCAGGUACGGGGCUGGAGGCGACCCACCGGGCCAACCGCCGCCUCUGUGCCCGCGGGGCAAGCUCGCGAUGGGAGGCGCAGCCCGCGAGCGCGGGAGGAAGGACGCGGCGCUGCCGGGGGCCGGGCUCCCGCCGCAGCAGCGGAGGUUGGGGGAUGGUGUCUAUGAUACCUUCAUGAUGAUAGAUGAAACCAAGUGCCCACCCUAUACAAACACACUUUGCAAUCCCUCUGAAGCACCUGUCUCCAGAAGGCUAAAUAUUACCACUGAGCCAUUCACGAGAGGCCACACUCAGCACUUCGUGAAUGGGAGUGAGAUGAAGGUGGAACAGCUGUUUCAAGAAUUUGGCAACAGAAGAACCAGUACUCUCCAGUCCGAUGGCAUCAGCAACUCUGAAAAGUCCUCUCCUGCUUCUCAGGGGAAAAGUUCCGACAGCCUGGGUACCGUGAAGUGCAGCCUCUCGUCCAGACCAUCUAAGGUGCUCCCGCUGACUCCUGAGCAAGCUCUGAAGCAGUACAAGCACCACCUCACUGCCUACGAGAAGCUGGAGAUCAUCAGCUACCCAGAAAUCUACUUCGUGGGCCCGAAUGCCAAGAAGCGGCAAGGAGUUAUUGGUGGUCCCAAUAACGGGGGAUACGACGAUGCGGACGGGGCCUAUAUUCACGUGCCUCGAGACCAUCUGGCUUACCGCUAUGAGGUGCUGAAAAUUAUUGGCAAGGGUAGUUUUGGACAGGUAGCCCGGGUCUACGAUCACAAACUCCGACAGUACGUGGCCCUGAAAAUGGUGCGCAACGAGAAGCGCUUUCACCGCCAGGCAGCCGAGGAGAUCCGGAUUCUGGAGCAUCUUAAAAAGCAAGACAAAACUGGGAGCAUGAAUGUCAUCCACAUGUUAGAAAGCUUCACCUUCCGGAACCACGUGUGCAUGGCCUUUGAGUUGCUAAGCAUAGACCUGUACGAGCUCAUUAAAAAAAACAAGUUUCAGGGCUUCAGCGUCCAGUUGGUUCGGAAGUUCGCCCAGUCCAUCCUGCAGUCCUUGGACGCCCUUCACAAAAAUAAGAUCAUUCACUGUGACCUAAAGCCAGAAAACAUUCUCCUGAAGCAUCACGGACGGAGCGCGACCAAGGUCAUUGACUUUGGGUCCAGCUGUUUCGAGUAUCAGAAACUUUACACGUAUAUCCAGUCCCGUUUCUACAGAGCCCCGGAAAUCAUCUUGGGGUGCCGCUACAGCACGCCAAUUGACAUAUGGAGUUUUGGUUGCAUCCUCGCAGAACUUUUGACAGGACAGCCCCUGUUCCCAGGAGAGGACGAAGGAGACCAGUUGGCCUGCAUGAUGGAGUUGCUAGGAAUGCCACCACAGAAACUUCUGGAGCAAUCCAAACGUGCCAAGUACUUUAUUAACUCCAAAGGCUUGCCUCGAUACUGCUCCGUAACUACCCAGACGGACGGGAGGGUUGUGCUUCUCGGGGGCCGCUCACGCAGGGGUAAAAAGCGAGGCCCACCAGGCAGCAAAGACUGGGCAGCCGCGCUGAAGGGGUGCGAUGACUACUUGUUCAUAGAGUUUCUGAAAAGGUGCCUUCAGUGGGACCCCUCUGCCCGCCUCACCCCAGCUCAAGCAUUAAGACAUCCUUGGAUUAGCAAGUCUGCACCCAGGCCCCUCACCACGGACAAGGUGUCAGGGAAACGGGUAGUUAAUCCUACAAAUGCUUUCCAGGGACUGGGCUCCAAGCUGCCUCCAGUCGUUGGAAUCGCCAGUAAGCUUAAAGCUAACCUAAUGUCCGAAACCAGUGGUAGUAUACCUCUGUGCAGUGUAUUGCCAAAGCUGAUCAGCUAAUGGACCACUCAGACUCAUACAUACGUAUUUUUAAUUACCUUACAGACAUGCAAAUGGAAAAAAAAAUAAUUGAAGCCCAUUCACCAAUGGAUAUGUUUUUGUUAGACUUUUUUUUUUUAACAAGGCAGAACAUUUUUAUAUGACUAUAAACGAACGCUUCAAGGGCUAAUGUCUAACCAGCUUGUAUUGGCCAUCUGGAGUAUACAUUAAAUGACUUUUUAAUAGGUCA